AAAAGUCUCUUCCCAAUGACAGACUGCUUCUCUCCAGCAGCUGAACUCACUCAGUGUGUGUGUGAUUGUGUGGGAGGGCGGUCCAUCCAUCCAUCCAUGAUGAUGAUGAUGAUGAUGAUGAUGAUGAUGAGCCUGCUAGCAGCCUUUAGAGCAGGCUAGCUAGGAGUGGAGAGCUAGCUAUCAAACAACUGUGCAGUUUAUUUCUCAGGACAGACAGCACGAUGAAGAUCAUCAUGAAGUACAACAGACUGAUUCCUCUGCAGCUUAUUGACAACAUCACCGGGAGCUAGAGGGUUGUCUUCUCUCCAGCACCUCGGGGGGUCUGUCCCCGACCCGGCAGUGUCUCAUUGUUUGGAUGGACUAGUAGCAGCCGCUGCUUGAGUCUCCGGCUCGGAUGGGAUUUCCUCAGCUAGCCGAUGCUAACGAGAAUGCUAGCAGACUAGCUCAUUGGCUAACCGGUUGUUAGCUGUCUGACUCAGUUGGUUGACAUCGCACAUCUGAUAAUUACCGGGCUCUUAAAAAUAGCCCAUAUCUGUUGGCACGACCAUGCCUCCAAGGCCCUCCUCAGGAGAACUAUGGGGGAUGCACUUGAUGCCCCCCAGCAUCCUGGUGGACUGCCUUCUGCCAAAUGGCAUGAUCCUCACGUUGGAGUGCCUCCGGGAGGCCACGCUGAUCACAGUCAAGCAUGAGCUUUUCAAAGAGGCCAGGAAGUACCCUCUUUACCAUCUGCUGCAGGAGGAGAGCUCCUACAUCUUCGUCAGCGUCACCCAGGAGGCGGAGCGGGAGGAGUUCUACGACGAGACCAGGAGGUUGUGCGAUCUUAGGCUCUUCCAGGCCUUCCUCAAAGUCAUCGAGCCAGUAGGCAACAGAGAAGAGAAAAUUCUCAACAGGGAGAUAGGUUUUGCUAUUGGAAUGCCCAUAUGUGAGUUUGAUUUGGUGAAAGACUCAGAAGUGCAGGACUUCAGAAGGAACAUUUUAAAUGUUUGCAAAGAGGCUGUGGACCUCAGAGACAGUAACGGACCCAUCAGCAGAGCUUUGUACGUGUAUCCUCCCAAUGUAGAAUCAUGCCCAGAACUUCCCAGGCACAUCUAUAACAAGCUAGAUAAAGGUCAAAUCAUUGUGGUCAUAUGGGUCAUCGUGUCACCCAGCAACGACAAGCAGAAGUAUACCCUGAAGAUCAACCACGACUACGUGCCGGAGCAGGUGAUCGCCGAAGCCAUCCGUAAGAAGACGCGCAGCAUGCUGCUCUCCCAGGAGCAGCUAAAGAUGUGUGUGCAGGAGUAUCAGGGAAAGUACAUCCUCAAAGUCUGCGGCUGUGACGAGUACUUACUGGAGAAAUACCCUCUGAGUCAGUACAAGUAUGUGCGCAGCUGUAUCAUGCUGGGACGGAUGCCCAACUUGAUGCUAAUGGCAAAAGACAGCCUGUAUUCCCAGCUGCCCAUGGACAACUUCACCAUGCCGUCGUACGCGAGGCGAAUAUCCACAGCUACGCCCUACAUGAACGGGGAAACAGCCACCAAGUCUCUCUGGACCAUCAACGGAACGCUGCGGAUCAGGAUACUGUGCGCCACUUACGUCAAUGUCAACAUCAGAGACAUUGACAAGAUCUACGUCAGGACCGGGAUAUACCACGGUGGAGAGCAGUUGUGUGACAACGUCAACACCCAGCGCGUGCCCUGCUCGAACCCCAGGUGGAACGAGUGGCUGAACUACGACAUGUACAUUCCAGACAUCCCCCGCGCCGCCCGACUCUGCCUCUCUAUCUGCUCGGUCAAAGGAAGGAAGGGAGCUAAAGAGGAGCACUGUCCUCUGGCCUGGGGCAACAUCAACCUGUUUGACUACACCCACACACUAGUAGCAGGGAAGAUGGCUCUCAACCUCUGGCCUGUCCCACACGGCCUGGAGGACCUGCUCAACCCUAUCGGCGUCACGGGCUCUAACCCCAACAAGGAAACCCCAUGUCUGGAGCUGGAGUUUGACCAUUUCAGCUGCCCCGUCAAGUACCCCGAAAUGACCAUCAUUGAGGACCACGCAAACUGGAACAUAUCCAGAGAGCUUGGCUUUAAUUACUGCCACACUGGUUUGAGUAACAGAUUGGCGCGUGACAACCCCCUGACCGACACCGACAACGAGCAGCUGCGCCAGGUGUGCAACAGAGACCCGUUGUCUGAAAUCACUGAGCAGGAGAAAGACUUUGUAUGGAGGCACAGACAAGACUGCGUCAACAUGCCAGAGAUCCUUCCCAAGAUCCUCCUGGCUGUGAAAUGGAACUCCAGAGAUGAGAUUGCACAGAUGUAUUGCCUCCUGAAGGACUGGCCCGCUAUCAAGCCAGAGCAAGCUAUGGAGCUGCUAGAUUGCAACUUCCCUGAUCCCAUGAUCAGAGAGUUUGCGGUAAAGUGCCUUGAGAAAUACCUAACUGACGACAAACUCUCACAGUACCUCAUUCAACUGGUUCAGGUUCUAAAGUAUGAGCAGUACCUUGAUAAUCCACUUGCACGCUUCCUGUUGAAAAAGGCAUUAACCAAUCAGAGGAUAGGACAUUUCUUCUUCUGGCAUUUAAAGUCAGAGAUGCACAACAAGACGGUGAGCCAGCGGUUCGGCCUGCUCCUGGAGUCGUACUGCCGGGCCUGCGGCAUGUAUCUCAAGCACCUGAGCCGACAGGUGGAGGCCAUGGAGAAGCUCAUCAAUCUCACCGACCUCCUCAAACAGGAGAAAAAAGAUGAGGCGCAGAAGGUUCAAAUGAAGUUUCUGGUGGAGCAGAUGAGGAGGCCUGAUUACAUGGACGCCCUGCAGAACUUCACCUCCCCACUGAAUCCAGCACAUCAGCUGGGAAACCUCCGCCUGGAGGAAUGCAGGAUGAUGUCAUCAGCCAAGCGACCUCUCUGGCUUAACUGGGAAAACCCAGAUAUGAUGUCAGAGCUGCUCUUCCAGAACAACGAAAUCAUCUUCAAAAAUGGAGACGAUCUGAGGCAGGACAUGCUGACGCUGCAGAUCAUUAGGAUAAUGGAGAACAUCUGGCAGAACCAAGGCCUUGAUCUCAGGAUGCUGCCGUACGGUUGUCUGUCAAUCGGCGACUGCGUGGGUUUGAUCGAGGUGGUGAGGAACUCUCACACCAUCAUGCAGAUCCAGUGUAAAGGAGGCCUAAAGGGGGCACUGCAGUUCAACAGCCACACGCUGCAUCAGUGGCUCAAGGAUAAGAACAAGGGAGAGAUGUAUGACCAGGCCAUCGAUCUUUUCACGCGGUCGUGUGCCGGCUACUGUGUAGCCACAUUUAUCCUGGGCAUAGGGGACAGACACAAUAGCAACAUCAUGGUCAAAGAUGAUGGACAGCUGUUCCACAUAGACUUUGGCCAUUUCCUCGACCACAAAAAGAAGAAGUUUGGGUACAAGAGAGAGCGCGUGCCCUUCGUGCUCACGCAGGACUUCUUGAUCGUCAUUAGCAAAGGAACUCAAGAGUGCACCAAAACAAGGGAGUUUGAAAGGUUCCAGGAGAUGUGCUACAAGGCGUACCUUGCGAUCCGGCAGCACGCCAACCUCUUCAUCAACCUUUUCUCCAUGAUGCUGGGCUCGGGGAUGCCCGAGCUGCAGUCGUUCGACGACAUCGCCUACAUCAGGAAGACCCUGGCCCUGGACAAGACGGAGCAGGAGGCCCUGGACUACUUCAUGAAGCAGAUGAACGACGCCCACCACGGCGGCUGGACCACCAAGAUGGACUGGAUCUUCCACACAAUCCGCCAGCACGCCAUGAACUGAGACGGCGACUAAUACGAGAGAGGAGUAAAAAAAAAGGACCGUGGCAGCAAACGUCCGCACACUAAGAACCAAAAGGAUAUUGAGAAGCGAGCGAGGUAUUUUUCCCCCCAAAACACACUACGGCCUGGUUAAUACUUCUGCCAGCGUGUGACACUGAGACAUCCCCUGCCAGCGCACCUCAAAAGAAGGGUGCUCAGAAGGGCCUAUAUCAGGGACAUAAUGCCUAAAUGCUCCUGUUUCUACAGGUUUCCUUCUCCCUGCACUAUGAACUCCAGAAAGCAGGGUGGAGUUAUAUUUCAUCUUCUUCAUAGGAACUAAGCAAGUGUAAUGGACCUCGACAACGUUGGCCUUCUUUGUGUGUGAACAAACUUUUUUUUUUUAUUCCUUUCAGUACAUCUUCAACCAUCAGCAUUAAGAAAGGAACAUCAUGAAGUGGUGUACCAUGAGCACAGACGGCUUUUUCUAAUGACCUUUUAUUUCCACUACCUAUUUUUUGAACCGAUGAAGACGAGGGGAGAUAUUGGCACACACAGCCAGGCCAGCAGAGACCGAAGGAAAGGGACGAUGAGAAGCCUGGCGGGUGCCCACAAAAUCAUGAUUAUUACCCCUUACAAUCAUAAAAAAAACAAAACAAUCACCAACACUUACUACAGGACUGACCGAGGACGUGUUGUUUAAGCACUUAGCUAGCAUUUAACGCUCAAAUUAUUUGUAGCCUUCAGAGAAAUCACGCCAGAUAACUGACUUUUUUGUACAGCAGUAUAUCCACAGACUUGUAUGCAUUCGGUGCACAUAUUCCUUUUUUGAGUCUAUUUUCUACUGAGCCAAAGUACUAGAUGUGUAACCCCCCCCACUACUCAGCAGUCUUAUUGUAAAAAAAAAAGAAAAAGAAGAAAAAAAAAAGAAAAAAUAGUCACUACUAUUCCAAGUCUCUCGUGUGUACUCAUAGCACUGAUCUCUGCAGUAUUUGUUUUUGUUUUGUUUUCGUCUAUCAGUAUUAUUCUGCGUCCGAUAUCGAGGCACAACUCAUCCACCCCGCGCGGUCGGAAACACAGGCGGACCGGAGAAAACCUUUUCUGAUUGGUUAGAAGACGUUAGGAUUGGUCUGAUAAAGGCAGGAAACGCAGGGGGUGAAAGGAUGUGCAGUGUUCCCUUUGUGUGCUGUGCUGUUACACUAUGCAAGUUGUGAUGAUCCUAAUAUGUACUGUAUCCUAAAAGAAAACAAGUUGAUGUCAGAUCUCCCCCCCGACAUGUUCACACCGACAAUGUGUGUCAGUGAACUUUGUACAGACAGUACGAGGAAGAGGAAAAAAAAAAUGCUGCACUGUAACAGAAUCGUCUACUUCUUCCCAACAAAAACGAACUGUGAGAAAAAAGCCUUCAGACCCUGCCUUUUUGCUUCUCCUUACCAGGUUUAUAUUCGGAGCUUCAAUCUGUUAAAUGUUCGAUCCGUCCUCUCGUUCUCGAUCACACAUUUGACAGAAGACUCUCUCCUUACAUUUGCCAUAUGGUCCCAGAUUGUGACAUCCAGGUAAAGAAAAGUAACCGAAGUGAAUUUCUUUUUCAACCUUCCAAGUGUCUUCUUCCUCUCCUCUUUUUCCUAUGAUUGUCGCCCUUAUGUGUGGAAGAAUUAGUCUCUGCAGGUUCGCUCGCCGCACAGACGCAUACGUAAGAGGUCAGUAAAUGUUCCAGCUUUACCAAAUGAUACACAACGGCGCGGUUUCCUGGACACUCAAAAAGUCCGUCUGAAAGUCCAAUUUUUGUUUUCUGUACAUGGGACUUAAAAGCUGCUCAGGAAACCGAUCCUACCGAGAUGCAUGUGCUCCUGUACAGGCUACAGAGCAGUGGGCCGGACCCAAACUAAGAAAACUAGACCCCAUGUACUUUAUGGACGAACUCUCUAAAUGAUGCUAUUUCCCUUUGUACUUGUUUAUGUUUCUCACACUGCAUUAUGCAUGAGGUCCUCGAAUAUCGACUUUUUUUGUUUGUUUGUUUGACCUGAUGUUGUUUACUUGAAUUUCAUGUAUAGAAAUGACCUUGUUACUUGUGUGAGGUACAACAAAGUCACAAUGAAGGUAACAGAUACCGAUAACUGCUACUACAUGUGCAAAUGCUUUUCCUUGAAUAACUACAGAGGUAAUAUAUUUUUGUAUUUUUAAAUGUACGCAUACUCAUAUAUGUAUCCGCUAACCAAAAAAAAAAAAAAAAGGAGGAAUCAUGCAUAACGUGCACCAUCCUCAUACAAAACCCAGUAGACAGCUUCUAGUUGUUGAAACGAUAUGAAUGACAAAGCAGAGGUGGAUUGUUGAAUGAAGGACUUGAUGCUGUUGUCAGAGUACGUCUUGCCCUAAGUGGAAGUCUGUAAGCACAAUGAGGAGGAAGAAGCUACCCUGCAUGUUUUUUUUUUAAAAAAAGAACCAGACUCAUAUGUUAGUUAUAUAUCCAUCUGUAUAUAUAUCAUAAAACCUCUUCAAAUACUUGUUUUGGUCAUCUUCGUAUGACCACGUCUGAUAAGAAACUGUAUGCAUUCAUUUAUUGUACUGUUGAAUAAAAACAUUUCUCCCUA